AUGGCUGUGAAACGUACACUUGGGAAGCUCUUGCUGGCUCUCGCGGCCACGACUUUGUUUCCACCUCAGGCCGCACUGGCAGGAUGGCGCGGCCACGAGAAGCCUGUGGCGGAGCACCAGGGUCUUGACAUUGCCAGGUGGCCGGUCCAAUCCAAGGACUUGCUGGUCAAUCUGUUUGCUGCCGUGGGGACUGUGGCGGCUGCGGUCAUCGCCUGUGUCCAGGUUCGGAUUGCACAACGGGACUCUGAGAGAGCCCGACGGGAGUCCAAAGAAGGCCGUAUCCAAGCGGCAGUGGACCGUAUGCUGCAGACCUUUCUCCCAAAGACCAAGGAGGAGAAUGUGGUGAAGCGCGACAUCAUGAAGGACAUCCGGAACCGAAUCCUGGGUUGGAGUCAGCAUGCGACGAUCAUUGCGGGGCGCUUCGGCUGCGGCAAGACCGUGGCGCUGGAAGAGGCGCUCCGCGACAUGCAGGGCGUCUACGUCCACACCGUGGAGGGCAGCGGUUGGAAGAAGGAGCUCUAUGCAUUGCUGGGCUUGGACGACGAGGAGAUGUUCAGGAAGGUCCUCGAAAAAAUCCGACAGAAGCUCAACAAGGCGCCCGUCCUGGUGCUCGACAUCCCGCGAUCGACCAAGGAAGGCAUGGACUCAAUCUCCAGCUUCGCCAAGACUUUCUCGUCGGAAGGGUCGCUGGCGCAC